AAGGAGUUGUGUAACUCUCGGCGUGAACAGAAAGAACUUCUCUUUGUUGCAGUUGCCUGCUCCCACUUGAGCCAAUGGGAAGCUGAACUUUUCUGUUGGAAGUGCUCCCAAGGGUGAAGCUGGCAAACCCGCAGCAGGGAAGCGAAGAUGCUCCGUGCAUGCAGCCAUAGUUCAGGACAAGGUGCCUGUCCGCAUCCCUCUGUGCCCAGCUCUUCAGUUUAAAGACUGACUCCUUCCCUCCCCUCCUCUUCCCCUACAAGAAACGUUUCCUUCCCCAUUGCUUUUAAUAGCUAAGCCAUGCAAUAGCAACGCUAUUGAAACUCAGUCUACUGAAUAACAACUUAAUGAUGGGACCCCUGUUCUAUUCCUUUUGAACGGCUGCUUCAGGGGGAUCUGCUCCCUGCUGGGAGGGAGGUGAGGGUGGAGAAACCUGGAUUGAAGCUGAAUGGCAACCAGAGUGCUGGAAAACUGAACCAGAAGGCAAGAAUGAGGUCAAUGCUGCGAGCCUGAAACCAGGAGACGUUCUAUGCAGUUAAGCUAAGUUCAGGAACUAACGGAGAGCACUUAGGGUUCAAUUGGAGCACCUUGGAAUAGAUGCGAGAAGAAGACUUUGUGCUGGGUAAAGCUGCCUUGGAGCGCCAUGGCUGCCGCCCCUCAUCUCAACUCAGAUGCACUCCGAGAGGUCCUGGAGUGCCCCAUUUGCAUGGAGUCCUUCACUGAGGAGCACCUGAGACCCAAGCUCUUACACUGUGGGCACACCAUCUGCAAACAGUGCUUGGAGAAGCUCCUGGCAAACAGCAUUAAUGGGAUCCGGUGCCCCUUCUGCAGCAAAAUCACACGGAUCACAAGCUUAGCUCAGAUGACUGACAACCUGACUGUGCUGAAAAUCAUCGACACCGCUGGACUGGGGGAAGCAGUGGGUCUUCUCAUGUGCAAGGUCUGUGGGAGAAGGUUGCCAAGACACUUCUGCAAGAGCUGCAGCUUGGUUUUAUGUGAGCCCUGCAAGGAGUCAUCACACAUGCCUCAAGGACAUAGAGUUGUUGCUAUCAAAGAGGCUGCUGAAGAGCGUAGGAGGGAAUUUGGGACGAGGCUUGCCAGACUUCGGGAGCUCAUGGGUGAUCUGCAGAAAAGAAAAGCAUCUCUGGAAGGUGUUUCAAGAGACCUGCAAUCUAGAUACAAAGCAGUUCUGCAAGAUUACAGCAAAGAAGAGCGCAAGAUCCAGGAGGAACUGGCCAGGUCACGCAAGUUCUUCACUAGCUCUUUGUCAGAGGUGGAGAAGGUAAAUAACCAGGUCAUGGAGGAGCAAGCUUAUCUGCUGAACUUAGCAGAAGUGCAGAUCAUGUCUCGCUGUGACUAUUUCCUUGCCAAAAUCAAGCAGGGAGAUAUAGCCCUCUUAGAGGAGGCAGCAGAUGAGGAAGAACCAGAACUGACAAACAGUCUUCCAAGAGAGCUGACUCUUCAAGAGGUUGAACUCCUGAAGGUGAGCCAUGUGGGACCACUGCAGAUUGGGCAGGUGGUGAAGAAGCCCCGCACUGUUAACGUGGAGGAAUCCCUCAUGGAAACUGCUGCAUCCUCAUCGGCAUCAUUCAGGGAGCCCGAGUUGGUGCAAGAGGAGCCCAGCUGCACGCCCAGUUCCUCCCCAGCCAAGCCAAGGAUGCCUGAAGCAGCCACGAGCAUCCAGCAGUGUCACUUCAUCAGGAAGAUGGGCUCCAAGGGCAGCCUGCCAGGGAUGUUUAACCUCCCCGUCAGCCUACAUGUCACCCUGCAGGGCGAGGUGCUUGUUGCAGACAGAGGCAACUUCCGAAUCCAGGUUUUUACCCGCAAGGGCUUCCUAAAGGAGAUCCGCCGGAGCCCCAGCGGAAUCGACAGCUUUGUGUUGAGUUUCCUUGGAGCAGACUUACCCAAUUUGACACCUCUUUCUGUCACCAUGAACUGCCACGGCCUCAUAGGUGUGACCGACAGCUACGAUAACUCUUUCAAGGUCUACACCAUGGAUGGCCAUUGCGUGGCGUGUCACCGGAGCCAGCUAAGCAAGCCCUGGGGCAUCGCUGCUCUGCCUUCGGGCCAGUUCGUAGUGACUGAUGUGGAAGGAGGCAAACUCUGGUGUUUCACAGUGGACCGUGGCGUGGGGGUAGUGAAGUACAGUUGCUUAUGUAGUGCAGUGCGCCCCAAGUUUGUCACCUGCGAUGCUGAAGGGACCAUAUACUUUACCCAAGGGCUAGGGCUUAACCUGGAGAACCGGCAAUACGAGCAUCAUUUAGAAGGAGGCUUUUCAAUUGGCUCUGUUGGCCCAGAUGGGCAGCUGGGACGCCAGAUUAGCCACUUCUUCUCUGAGAAUGAGGAUUUCAGGUGCAUUGCUGGGAUGUGCGUGGAUGCCAGGGGGGACCUCAUUGUUGCUGACAGCAGCCGUAAAGAAAUCCUGCAUUUUCCUAAAGGAGGUGGCUAUAACAUCUUAAUCCGGGAAGGACUCAUCUGCCCGGUUGGUAUUGCCAUUACUCCCAAAGGGCAGCUGCUGGUGCUGGACUGUUGGGAUCACUGCAUUAAGAUCUACAGUUACCACCUGAGAAGAUACUCCACCCCUUAAAGGCAUGUCUCUAAGCAGAGAUUUUUCCAGCCUCAUUGCAGUCUGACAGGAACCAGUGUCAAGCAUUCAGGAAGAUGGUGCCAUAACCAAAGGGGGAUCAACAUAAAGGCCGUUGUGUUUUGUGUUUAGAAACAAAAUAGCUUAUGUGGUGGUGGUCUGCUGCUUCUUCUUCUGUUUUAUUAAAAUCCAUA